UAUUCAAUAAAUUUCUGCCCAAAAAGAAAUCUAAGCAGAGAAAGAGAUUAACAAGAGUUCAAAAAGGAAACAUAUCACCGGUCGGUUAGGGUAAACAAAAACCUAAAAGAAGAUGUCGGGUAUGGGAGACGGGUACGUGGGCACGGCCCAAGACGCCGUAAGAAUCCGCCGGCUAGAGAAGCAACGAGAAGCUGAGCGUCGCAAAAUCCAAGAGCUCAAAACAAAGUCUGCCUCCGAUAAGGGCCAGCCCGGUCUCCUCCAAUUCGGGUCAAGUACCUCCGAGAUUCUCGAGACUGCCUUUAAGAAGGAAACCGUAGGGUUAGUUACAAGAGAACAAUAUGUUGAGAAGAGAGUUAAUAUUCAGACUAAAUUUGAAGAGGAAGAGAAGGAGAAGCUUUUAAAAUUGCGGCAAGAGGAGGAGGAACUCCAGUUAGCGAAGCGCAAAAAGAGGAAAAUUAAGGGAAAUUCUCGGUUAUCUUUUUCUGAGGACUUUGAAGAUGGAAGUGACGAAGAGGAUGGUGAAAAUCGGAGUACAGAGAUUCGCGGAAAAUUUGGCAAAGAUCCCACAGUAGAAACAAGCUUUUUGCCGGACAGUGGGCGAGAAGCAGAGGAGGAAGCUGAGCGUGAAAGGUUGCGUAAACAGUGGCUUCGUGAACAGGAGCAGAUUCGAAAUGAGCCCCUGCAAAUUACUUACAGCUACUGGGAUGGAGCUGGCCAUAGAAGAGUGCUCCAGGUUCGUAAAGGUGAUGCCAUAGGAGAAUUUCUUCGUGCAGUUCAGCAACAACUUGCUCCUGAGUUUAGAGAAAUUAGAACCACGUCUGUGGAGAAUUUACUUUAUGUAAAGGAAGAUCUCAUCAUUCCUCACCAACACAGCUUUUAUGAGCUUAUUGUUAACAAGGCUAGGGGCAAAAGUGGACCGCUUUUUCACUUUGAUGUGCACGAGGAUGUCCGGACUACUGCUGAUGCUACAAUAGAAAAGGAUGAGUCUCAUGCUGGUAAAGUUGUUGAGAGGCAUUGGUAUGAGAAGAACAAACACAUUUUCCCUGCUUCAAGAUGGGAGAUAUAUGACCCGACAAGGAAGUGGGAGCGUUACACCAUCCACGGCGAUUAAGCUGGUAGCCAGAUGCAUUCACCUUUCUUCCACCUUUUGGUUUGUGUUUGCAAUUUUUUGCUGAACAGAAAUAUGGUUACUUCGUGUUAAUGGUAGUCGACGAAUUUUUAUUAUAAGCCACAACUCGUGAAUUUGGUGCAUUUGUAUUUUUAGUUUUUAUUUUAGACACAUUCUAUUUGUUUGGCUUCAUGUAUUCAUCAUGAAUCAUAGCUCCGCUGACUAUUUUUAA